UACAUACAUACAUGUCUAUAUGCAUGUGUAUUUUAAUAUUGACUUGGAUCUGUGUUAACUAUAAAAAAAAAUGAUUGAUCAUCCUUUUGCUUUCAUGCUCAAAUAAUCGUACAUGCAUACCGCUAAUUACCAAUAUUCAAUCCACGCGCUAAGUGUUAUUAUUACAUUAGCACAAAUAUCGGUUUUGAAAAUACGCUCUAUUUUAACCUUCAGACUUCAUUGAAGUUUGCAACCAGAAAGCAAAAUUCCAUCUACCCUCAAUAGAAUAUACCGUGCGAUUCUGGUGAAACGGGUUGCGAUCAACGCGUGUGUUGAAAUAUUUGAAUUUCCCGGUUUACGAGCAAACCCGAGUCUUGCCGGAGUCAGCGGAGAGUACGCGGAGAAAUUCAAAUAUUUCGAUACAUACGUUGAUCGCAACCCGUUUCACCGAAAUUUCGCUGUAUACAUAUAUCAGUGGCUCUCAACGAUCACACCAGGAUACAUAGGCGUACUAUGAGCAUUUGGAAAUUAUUUGGAAAAUAUAUGCUUAGGCAAUAACCAUAGGAAUACUCUACUGAAAUGUAAAUCCCCGAAAUUCAUUGAGUAGACAUCAAAGAGACCCUAAAAAAGUCACACGACCUCUUGCCUUGAAUAUCCAGUGCUCCAGCGCAUCAGUCAACGGCUCCAGUGCUGAGCCAUUGGUUCACUGUACCAGUUCACUGCUCCAGUUGAUUGAAACGUGAUCGUGAUCAUAACUUGUAAUUAUUUCGCGGGUAUAAAUUUCACUGGUCUAGUUCGUUGCAGCUAGUUUAGUUUUGAAAGGUAUUAUUUUAUCACAACAGUUGCGAUCGACUAAUAAUUAUGACAAGUAAACGAGGCGCGCUGUUGGUACUAGAAGGCUGUGACAGAGCGGGAAAAUCGACACAAGUGAAGAAAUUAGUGGAUGCUCUCAAUUUACUUGGAAUAUCAGCCGAAGCUCGGAGAUUUCCUGACAGAACAACCGUGGUUGGGAAACUUAUAGACCAGUUUCUGUCCCGGAAUGAGGAACUACCAUUUGAGACUGUUCACCUUUUGUUUUCAUCGAACAGAUGGGAGUGCUCCACUGAAAUUAUCAAGACCCUUAAUUCCGGCAUUACUUUGGUUGUUGAUAGGUAUGCGGCAUCUGGAGCUGCAUAUACAGCAGCAACCACAGGAAGAGAUCUGUUUUGGUGCAGAGAACCUGAUCGUGGACUUCCUCAACCAGAUUUAGUUGCUUUACUUGAAGUAGAUACAAAGUCACAGAUGUUACGUAGUGAUUGGGGCAAGGAACGUUUUGAUUGUAAUCAAAUUCAGCAAAAAGUUGCAGCCAAUCUUCGACUAUUGAUGGAUGAGACUUGGGUUGCAAUUGAUGGAAAUGAUGAUCUAGAAAAAAUUCACAACAACCUUGUUACCUUAGCUCUUGCAGCAAUAGACAGAGCUAAAAAUCAACCUGUUAAAAUGCUUUACAGCAAAGAGCCGCUUCCAUUAUACUGAUUGUUUUCACUGAUGUAAUUAAGCCUAUUUUGAUAUUUCAUUAAGGAUCAGCUAUUCUAUGUAAAGAAUGAUUCCGUAAUCUAAACAAAAAACACUUAAAAUUUGUGAUCAGAUUUCAUUCACUGACACAAAUCAUUACUUUAAAUAUACUUAAGCAUACUUUGUAUUUCGAAUAAAACAGGAAUCAGAAUA